ACUUGAUUCUUGUAGCUGUGAGGAGCUUUAUAUAUUCCUUCCAACUGGUGUGCAAAGAGUGUCUUACUGUAUCACAUUAUAAAUCACAUCUUAACCAUUCAUCUCUUUCAUUCAGGUAACACUAAUGGCAAACUCUGCUGCUAAACUUGUGUGCCUGUUCUUGAUACUACUAGCUGCUUCUGUGCCAUGUCUCGGCAAGGACUACACUGUAGGGGACUCUUCUGGUUGGGCAAUGGGCGUCGAUUAUACCACUUGGACCGCUGACAAAACCUUCAGUGUUGGAGAUAAUCUCGUGUUCAAGUAUGGACCUGGUCAUACCGUGGAUGAAGUGAAUUCAGCAGAUUACAGCUCCUGCACUGUCGGAAAACCAAUCAAAACUGAUAGCUCAGGAUCGACAACCAUCCCUCUCACGGCUGCAGGCCCGCGAUACUUCAUCUGUGGAGUGAUUGGCCACUGCACUAGCGGCAUGAAGUUAGCUGUGACUGUUAAUGCAACUGGUGCAGGAGCUGGAGAAACUCCGACUCCAUCAGGAAGUUCAUUGACACCACCUGCCACUCCUUCGGGCCAUGCUCCGCCUUUGUCUAGCUCACCAGGAAGCGUCUCUCCGUUCCUGCCUAUCUUCUUAAGUAGUUGUCUAGUUUUGGUUUACAAGUUGAUUGUUUCUUGAAGUUCUUGAUUGUGGCCAGGACAGAGGCAGUGCUUUCUCCCUUUUAAUUUAUUCGCACUCUAUUUGUAAUUGUGUUUUUAUGAAUUUAUAUGCUUGAUUAUUCA